AUGUGAGUGCUCCGAGAGUCUGGCUUGGACAGAACUCCUGCCUCUUCCCUCCUUUCCUUCCUCCAGCCUCUCCACUCCGCUCUCGGGAGCAACGGAGCUUGUUUUCCCUUUCCGAUGGCCCCACCUCGCUUGGGGUUUCUGCUCCUCUUAGCUUGCUGCUUCUCCUGCUCUGAAACACAGCUUCUGGACUGGGUUUGGGACAGCACGAAGACCACAGGAAGCCCAGAACUACCCAGUGAGAAAAUCCCAGAGUCGGAGCUGCCAACCUCAGCGGUGGCUCCAGCUCCCAGCCCGUCCCCAGGGAUGUGGGGUGGCGAAGUGGCAGGAAAUGUCACCACCCCAUGGCAGCAGGAGCCAGAUCCUGCUACAGCAGUACCUGUGAGUGAGGGAGCCGCAGCCAAAACCAAGGAGCCCACGACGUGGCCGAGCAUCGCUCCUCUCCACAGCAUGUCACCUGCCCCAGGACAGCAGGUGGCCAGCAGCCCCACUGACGACCCCCAGCUCCUGGGGACAGGGACCCACAAGGACCCCCAGCUCCUGGGGUCAGGGAUCACUGAGGACCUGCAGCUCUUGUGGUCAGGAACCACCGAGGACCUGCAGUUCCUGGAGACAGGAACCACUGAGAACCUGCUACUCCUUAGAAUGAGGACCACUGAAGACCCCCAGUUCCUGGGGUCAGUGACCCCCAAGGAUCCACAGCUCUUGGGGACAGGGACUACUGAGGACCUGAAGCUGCUGGGGUCAGGGACCACUGAGAACCCACAGCUCCUGAGGAUGGGAACCACCGAGGACCCCCAGCUCCUGGGAUCAGGGACUACUGAGGACCGGCAGCUGCUGGGGUUGGGCACCACUGAGGACCCACAGCUCCUGGGGAUGAUGAGCACCACAGACCUGCAGCUCCUGGUGGCAGGGCACACCAAGGACCCACAGCCCUUGGGGACAGGGACCACUGAGGACCCACAGCCCUUGGGGACAGGGACUACUGAGGACCCACAGCCCUUGGGGACAGGGAUUUCUGAAGACCCAGAGUUCCCAGGCACGAGGACCACUGAGAAUCUGCAGCUCCUGGUGGUGAGGAACACUGAGCUCCUGAGGACAGUGACCACCGAGAACCCAGAGUUCCUAGGGAACACUGAGAACCCACAGCUCCUGAGGACAGUGACCCCUGAAGACCCAGAGUUCCUGGGGAUGGGAACUCCUACAAUGGAGUCACAGGUGUCCUUGCAGAGACCAGCAGGUCUCCAGCCAGAGAGCCUGAGUGCUGAGAUCAGCCUGCUGGAGCUGAUUGGGGACCCGCCAACGGAAGAGAUCCACAGAAUUUAUGGCCCCGACAACAACCCUGGCUACGUCUUUGGUCCCAAUGCCAACACGGGCCAAGUGGCCCGGUACCACCUGCCGAGCCCGUUCUACCGAGACUUCUCGCUGCUGUUCCACAUCCAGCCCACCACGCCCCGGGCCGGUGUGCUCUUUGCCGUCACGGACUCCUCGCAGAGCAUCAUCUAUGUGGGCGUCAAGCUCUCAGAGCUGCGCGCGGGCCAGCAGCAGAUCAUCUUCUACUACACGGAGCCGGGCUCGCCCAGCUCCUACCCGGCUGCCACCUUCACUGUGCCCACCCUGCUCAACCAGUGGACGCGCUUCGCCAUCAGUGUGGAGGAGGAGGAAGUUGUCCUCUACCUGGACUGUGAGGAGCACGAGCGUGUCCACUUUGAGCGCUCCCCAGAUGAGAUGGAGUUGGAAGAGGGCUCUGGGCUCUUUGUUGCUCAGGCUGGAGGGGCUGACCCAGAUAAAUAUCAGGGGGUCAUUGCAGAUUUGAAGCUCCGAGGGGACCCUCGGGCGGCUGAGCGCCAGUGUGAGGAAGAGGAGGAUGACACAGAGGUCUCUGGGGAUUUUGGCAGCGGGAUGGAAGGUGGACAGCAGCCCUCAGGCAAGGUCGAGGGUGUCCCAGGGCUGCUGGAUGCUGUCCCCGUGACCUCCCCCCCCGUGGCGGGGGGCAGUGGCCCGAGGAGUGGCGGGGGGUCCCCGCAGCAAGCCGAGAGGACCAGAGCAGAGGAGACACUGCGGGUCUCCACGGGAGGCACCGGUCAGAAAGGCGAAAAGGGAGAGAAGGGGGAACGUGGCUUGAAAGGAGACUCAGGGACCAAUGGCAUUGUAGGGCCAGGCAGUGUCAAGGGUCAAAAGGGGGAGAAAGGAGACCUGGGUGUCAAGGGCAGUGCUGGAUUUGGCUACCCUGGAUCUAAAGGCCAAAAAGGAGAACCAGGUGACCCUGGACUCCCUGGGACCCUCUCUCAGCAUGCCAAUGGCUCGGUGGUGGAGCAGGUCACUGGCCCUCCAGGGACACCAGGGAAGGAUGGAGCCCCUGGCAGGGAUGGCGAGCCUGGAGAUCCUGGCGAGGACGGCAAACCCGGUGAAAUGGGGCCCCCAGGAUUCCCUGGGAUGCCAGGGGAGCCGGGCCUGAAGGGGGAGAAGGGUGACCCAGGUGUGGGGCCAAGGGGACCCCCUGGACCACCUGGCCCUCCAGGACCACCGGGACCCUCCUCCAAGAAUGACAAGCUGACCUUCAUCGACAUGGAGGGCUCUGGCUUCGGUGGUGACCUGGAGAGCCUGCGGGGUCCACGAGGGCCACCUGGUCCCCCAGGGCCACCUGGCGUGCCUGGUUUGCCAGGGGAGCCAGGAAGGUUUGGGAUGAACCGCACGGACCUGCCGGGACCGCCUGGGCUGCCAGGCAGGGAUGGGACCCCCGGGCCCCCGGGGCCAGUGGGUCCUCAGGGUCCUCCAGGAAGAGAUGGGGAGGAUGGGCAGCCGGGGCCCAAAGGAGAGCAGGGCGAUAUGGGUGACCUUGGCCUCCCUGGCCUACCAGGACCCAAGGGCAACAAAGGAGAAACGGGACCAGCAGGGCCCCCAGGAGAAAUGGGCUUAGCCGGCCUUCCCGGGCCCAUUGGACCCCGAGGGCAGCCAGGGCCCCCCGGCCCUCCAGGACCACCGGGGCCGGGCUAUGAGGCUGGAUUUGGUGACAUGGAGGGCUCGGGGCUGUCAUUCACCCCUGGACCACCUGGGCCUGAAGGACCACAGGGCGUGCCAGGACUGCCGGGGCUGAAGGGAGAGGUCGGCAGCCCCGGACAGCCUGGCUUGCCGGGACCAAAGGGAGAUGCUGGCAUGCCUGGCAUGGAUGGCCGCCCUGGCCUGGAGGGCUUCCCUGGACCACAGGGACCCAAAGGUGACAAAGGCAGUACCGGUGAGAAGGGAGAGCGAGGCCAGGAUGGAGUGGGGCUGCCUGGCCCCCCUGGCCCACCUGGUCCCCCUGGACAGGUCAUCAGUGUCUCUGGUGAAGAUAAGUCCUUGGUGGCUUUUCCUGGUCCAGAGGGCAGACCAGGCCACGCUGGCUUCCCGGGCCCGGUGGGACCAAAAGGAGACCAGGGGUCAACUGGUCCCCAGGGUGCCCCAGGGUUGAAGGGGGAGAAGGGGGAGCCCGGCGUCAUCAUCAGCCCUGAUGGGACUGUGGUCACUGCCAAGAUGAAAGGAGAAAAAGGGGAGCCAGGGCUGCAGGGCCCAAUGGGACCAUCGGGUCCCCCAGGACGAGCAGGGAUGAAGGGAGAGAUUGGCUUUCCGGGCAGACCCGGACGUCCUGGCAUGAACGGGCUGAAGGGCGAGAAGGGUGACCCUGCAGACGUGCUGGGCUUGCGGGGUCCCCCAGGCCCCCCAGGACCCCCUGGGCCCCCUGGGCCACCUGGCAGCAUAGUCUACAACAAUGGCAAUACUUUCAGUGACUCCAGCCACCCAGCGUUCCCUAGUUUCCACCAGUUCUCAGGACAAAAGGGAGAGAAAGGUGAUACCGGACCCCCAGGACCACCAGGCCAGUUCCCCUAUGACGUGAGUCACUUUGGUACCAGCCUGCGGGGUGACAAGGGGGAUGCAGGUCCCAAGGGUGAGAAGGGCGAGCCAGGCAGCACCCCACUCUACAGUCCUGGAGUCUCUGGACUUCCAGGGCCUCCAGGGCCCCAGGGAUACCCCGGGCUGCCGGGUCCCAAGGGGGACAGUAUUGUUGGGCCACCGGGGCCUCCAGGACCUCAGGGUCCCCCUGGUAUCGGAUACGAGGGGCGGCAGGGCCCCCCUGGCCCUCCUGGUCCACCCGGGCCACCCUCCUUCCCAGGUCCCCACAGACAAGCUGUCAGCAUCCCUGGACCCCCAGGACCACCAGGACCCCCUGGACCACCAGGCACUAGUGGGAUAUCCUUGGGGCUCCAGGCCAUGCCCACGUACCAGGCGAUGCUGAGUGCCGCGCACGAGCUGCCCGAGGGCGGCCUCGUCUUCCUGACGGACCGGCAGGAACUCUAUGUCCGCCUCCGCGGGGGCUUCCGCAGGGUGCUGCUGGAGGAGCACAACCUGAUCCCCAGUUCGGCUCUGGACAACGAGGUGUACGACAAGCCGCCCACCCUCCACUACGCUGGCCCCCAGCCCCGCGGGCCCCUGCACCCGCUCCGCAACCACGUCCCCUCGGCCACCGCCCGUCCUUGGCGUGGGGACGAGGUGGUGGCCAACCAGCACCGCCUGCCCGAGCAGCCCCUGCUCCACCACCAGCACGAGCUCAUCAACGGGUACUACAUCCACCGCCGGCCAGACCCCGCCCCUGUGGCCGCCCAUGUGCACCAGGACUUCCAGCCUGCUCUUCACCUGGUGGCUCUGAACACCCCGCUGAGUGGUGGCAUGCGUGGUAUCCGGGGCGCCGAUUUCCAGUGCUUCCAGCAAGCCCGACAGGUUGGGCUGGCUGGCACCUUCCGUGCCUUCCUGUCCUCGCGCCUGCAGGAUCUCUACAGCAUCGUGCGCAGGGCCGACCGCGCCGCCGUCCCCAUUGUCAACCUCCAGGAUGAAGUGCUCUUCAAUAACUGGGAAGCCCUUUUUACGGGCAGCGGGGCCCCACUGAGAACCAGCGCCCGCAUCCUCUCCUUUGAUGGCCGGGAUGUCCUGCGGGAUGCGGGAUGGCCACAGAAGAGUGUCUGGCAUGGCUCAGAUGCCAAGGGUCGGCGCCUGCCUGAGAGCUACUGCGAAACAUGGCGGACAGAGGAGCGUGCAGUCACUGGCCAGGCUUCCUCCUUGGCCUCUGGAAAACUGCUGGAGCAGGUGGCCAGCAGCUGCCAGCAAGCCUUCAUUGUCCUCUGCAUCGAGAACAGCUUCAUGACCGCCACCAAAAAGUGAUACCUGCCCUGGCACCCCUGAGUACCCCCAUGUCCCUGGGGAGGGUUGGGCAAGCCUGCACCCCAGCACCUCUCAGCCCCCUCCACGCACCCACUCUUGCCCUGCAGGGUUUCCUUCUCCUGCAGACCUGAAGCCAAAGAGUAUUGACAUGGCCCCUGCCCUGGGUUGGCAGGGGCUCAGGUCCCACCCGGGGCAGGGCAGCCAUGGGCUGGUGGCCUUCCUCCUCCUCCUCCUCUUCUAACUCCUAAUAUUUAACCACUUCAGCUUGUUCCCCUCCCUGCUUGGUUGCUGUUUUUGGGAUGGCUGGGUGGGAGGAUGCUCGGCAGGGAGUUUUCAGUGCUGCCAUGUGGGCUGUUCCCCGCAAAAGCCUGUGGGGCCUCUCUCACCCCAGCCCCCCAGCCCCACGCUGUCCUCACCAGGAGCUUGGGGUUGGAAGCAAAUCCCUGCUGCUGAGGCCACAGGGUCUUCUCCAGCCAAGACACCAGCAUCCCACCCAAGGGAUUGUCCUGUGCUGAUGCUGGGGCUCUCCCAGAUGGUCUCCAUCCUCCCCAGGUAAGGACCAUCCCAUCAUCAUUCUCACCUCCACCACCCAGCCAGCAGAGCUCUGGUGGGGGUCUGGUCUCCCCCAUCCCAUCCACGCACCCUGGGGACCCCCGGCUGUGCCCCCACAGCCCAGGUACAGCCCCAGCCAGCCCAGUUACUGGGGUGACAGGGUGGCCCCAAGGCAUGGCCAGCUGUGCUCCUGGCACGUGUUUCUCUGUGUGUGUGCGUGUUGAGCACGUGUGGUACCGAGGCCAGGCACUGCCAUCCCCCCCUCCCUGUGCCACCUUUGCUGGGCUUGAAUGGCAAAGACACAGCAAAGCUGGUUGGAAUUUGUGGGGGCAAAUCCAAGGUGCUAAAAAAAAAAAAACCAAAAAAAAAAAGAAAAGAAAAAAGAGAAAUUUGUAACUAGCUUUUUUGUUAUUCUAUGGAAAUUAUUACCAUAAAAGCUGUGCAAGUCACACAGUUUCUAUUUCUUACAGUCUACUGUAUUUUGUGUAAUUAAUACAAUUUAAAGUGUGUGGAUCUUUAUAUUUUUUUUGUCAUCAGUUGUGUCCUAUAAACCAUUUUCUAAAGGCACUGAAUAAAGAAACAUUCUCUUGUA